GGAGCGGAGCUUCUCCCCGGACUGUGCAGAAUGUGUCGGUGUGCUGGCCGCUCGGCGCCUUCAGACAAAGCUCAGCUAACAGGCUAACGGCUUAUUAGCUAGCCAAACACCGAGCGGUAACAUCUGCAAAGAUUGGAUUUGUAACCGUGUUAAUCUGAUCGAUGUGCGUCACAUACGCGAACAAAUGUCAAGAUAACGCACCGAACACGCGCUCAGACAUCUGCAGCGCCGCGAGAAUCUAUAUUAAUCACAUUUUACGUCUUCGGUUGUGCGAUGGGAGUUUGUCUCCUCGGGGGGAACAUCAAGCUGAAGAAUCAACAUCAACAAAACCUGAACUGAUCACACCAACACACACCUGUGUGCCUCACACACACAUACACACACACGCACACACCCUCAGACCACAGAGGGAGUUGUUUUCUCACCUUCAGGUCAGACACUGCUGUUCCACGGUGCAUUGCUGCGUUACCGUCGUCCACCAUGUCGGACGCCCCUGAGGCUGCGCCCCCCAGCCCCCCCACCCUCACCAACCCGCCCCCACCUGAGGUCACCAACCCCACCAAACCUGGCAGGAAGACGAACCAGCUGCAGUACAUGCAGAACGUCGUGGUGAAGACUCUGUGGAAGCAUCAGUUCGCCUGGCCCUUCUACCAGCCUGUGGACGCUAUCAAGCUCUGCCUCGCCGACUACCACAAAGUGAUCAAGAACCCGAUGGACAUGGGAACCAUCAAGAAACGUCUGGAGAACAAUUAUUACUGGAGCGCCAGUGAGGCCAUGCAGGACUUCAACACCAUGUUCACCAACUGUUACAUCUACAACAAGCCCACAGAUGACAUCGUCCUCAUGGCUCAGGCUUUAGAGAAAAUCUUCCUUCAGAAAGUCGCUCAGAUGCCUCAAGAGGAAGUCGCUCUGCUGCCGCCGGCGCCCAAAGGCAAGAAACAGAGCAAGCAGUCCGCCGCCGCCACUACAGGUACUACAGUGAGUCAGCAGGCGGAGUCUUCAGCCUCCCCUCCCCCCUCCUACCCCUCCCCCUCCCCCUCCCAGACACCUGUCAUCUCGACCACACCCACGCCCGUCCAGACCACGCCCCCUCUGUCUGCCCCGCAGCCCACGGCAACCAUGAUGCCAUCUGCACAGCCUGUCGUUAAGAAGAAAGGUGUGAAGAGGAAAGCCGACACCACCACUCCAACCACGUCGGCCAUCUCUGCUGGUCGCGCAGACUCUCCGUCUGCUCAGGACACCAAACCGCCCAAACUGGGCUCGUCCCGCCGCGAGGCAGCCGCCCGCCCUGCCAAGACCCGCAGGGAGACGGGCGAGGAAGUGGCUGUGGGCGAGAUGGGAGCCGGUGGAGGCGGGGCCGGGGUAAGGAAGGGUGGCAAGCUGGGCGAGCAGAUGAAGCACUGCGACGCCAUCCUGAAGGAGAUGCUCUCGAAGAAACACGCCGCCUACGCCUGGCCCUUCUACAAGCCGGUCGACGCCGAGGCUCUGGAGCUGCACGACUACCAUGACAUCAUCAAACACCCCAUGGACCUCAGCACCGUCCGGAAAAAGAUGGAUAAAGGAGAAUACACCGAUCCUCAGAGCUUCGCCACUGACGUCAGGUUAAUGUUCUCCAACUGCUACAAGUACAAUCCUCCAGACCACGAGGUGGUGGCCAUGGCCCGCAAGCUGCAGGAUGUGUUCGAGAUGCGUUUUGCUAAGAUACCCGACGAGGGCCUCGAGGCGUCAGUCCCAUCUACAACACCAUUGGUCAGUAAAAGCACUGCCUCCUCUGACAGCAGCAACAACUCCUCCUCCGACGAAUCGUCCGACUCAGAGGAGGAGCGAGCCACGCGAUUGGCUGAGCUACAGGAGCAGGUUGGUGCUGCCGACCAAUCACAGUUGAAGGCGGUGCACGAGCAGCUGGCCGUCCUGUCCCAGGCUCCCGUCAGCAAGCCAAAGAAGAAGAAAGAGAAGAAGGACAAGGAGAAGAAGAAAGACAAGGACAAAGACAAAGGGAACAAGGGCAAGAUGGAGGAAGAGAAGAAGCCCAAGGCCGCCGCUCAGCAGCCCAAACCAGCCAAUCAGAAGAAGGCUCCGGCCAGGAAAGCCAACAGCACAGUGACCGCCACCAGGCAACCGAAGAAAGGCAGUAAGGCGUCCGGCGGUGGAUCAGCCAAUGGAGACGACGGCGAGGAGUCGUCCCUGCCCAUGUCGUAUGACGAGAAGCGGCAGCUGAGUCUGGAUAUAAACCGGCUGCCGGGGGAGAAGCUGGGCCGCGUCGUCCACAUCAUCCAGUCCAGAGAGCCGUCGCUGAGGGACUCGAACCCAGACGAGAUCGAGAUCGACUUCGAGACCCUCAAACCCUCCACGCUCCGAGAGCUGGAGCGCUACGUCAAGUCCUGCCUGCAGAAGAAGCAGAGGAAACUACUGCAGAAAGCAGCAGGGGGUGGGGCCUCGGGAGGCGGGGCUAGUCGUUUGAGUGGCAGCUCCUCUUCCUCCUCUGAUGACAGCUCCUCAACAGGAACCUCCUCUUCCUCUGACACAGACUGAACACACACACACACACACACACACGCACGCACACACGUUACUGAACACACACACACACAGACACAGAGGUUUAUCCACUCAACACACACAGGGACACACACAGAUGAAAACACACAUCAUGUAAACUUCCAUCCUUAACACAAACACAAAAGACAGAGAUACACACUCUGAACUUCUUGCAACACACACACACACACACACAUACAGUAUAUAUAAACAUGCACGCACACAGACACACACACACACACACACACACGCCCAGACUUGGAGACUGUAUGUAAAUAGGCUGACCUGUUUUUUAGCUCCUAGUGUCGUUUUUUUUUUUUUUUUUUUUCCUUCCUGGAGGAAUGCAAACAGACUGAAGAAGUGAAGAAGAAGAAAACAAGAGAAGAAGAAUGAAGUGAGCCAGACAGCCUGUCUGUCUGAUUGGGAGGCCUGUUGAUCUUCUCUGAACAUUCGAACGUGGGGGCUUUCUUCUUCUUCUUCUUCUUCCUCCUGUUGUUGGACGGCCGGCUGUGACCCCUGACCUCUGCAAACAUUCCAGAAGCAUCAAUAGAGCAUCAUGGGAGAGGAGGAGGACGAGGACGAGGACGAGGAGGAGAUCUCGGGGGGUUUACUCCAUCAACGUCUCAGAAAUUGAUGGAUUGGAAGAUUCCUCAGAUUUGUUUAAAGGUUACAAUGCCUGAGAGACAAAGCUCAGACAUUCAACAGCCAAUCAGGUUCUUGGUUCAUAGUCAUAUUCUUCCGACUGGAGAUGAUGCAGCUCAGAUCAGACAGAUGAGCUGACAGAGACGUGAAACGUCUUGCUGACAAAACUAAUUUGUUCUUAUAUGAGACAUUGUGUGAUCAGAGACAGACAGGAUGUGAAUCUGAUUCAAAGAGUCCUUGUCUUCUUAGUGAUUGUCUUCAGCUGCGGUCAGUGUGAAGUCUAACACAGUCACAGGCCUCCAUGUUGUCUUGUGUCAGUUUAAACAUAGCUAGCUACACGGCUAAAUGAGCUAACACUCUAACAGUGGCUGCAGUUUUGGAUGAAUAAACAGACUACAGUUAGCAGCAGUUAGCGGUCACUCUGCUGAUGUGCUGCCUCUGUUAGUUGAGGAUAUAAUCCUUGUGUCGACGCUUUUUGUUUUUAAAUAUAAGAAGUUAAUCUUGGAUUAAUUUUCUAAAAUGAAGGGAAUCUGAAGAGCUGUUGGAUGAACCCCUCUGAGAGUCGAUUCUCCUCUGCUGGUCCCGCAACAAAACCCACAACCUACUGUCUGUCCCCGGGGUCAACAGUGACAAAGGGGGGCAGGGUCACCAGGCUCAGACCCCGCCCCCUCAGCAGAGAGACUGACUUUUUUUUUUUAACACUACAUUUCCUUUAUUUUUCUGUUUUUGAUUUUCAGGUUGUGUGCUGAACUUGUUUGUGUCUUAUAAGGUUCUCUAUAUGAAAUGUCUUUGUACCGCUGCCCCCCCAUAUACUGUACCACCCCCUGCGCACCGUCACUUCCUGUGAGGUCAGACUGCUCCAGGUGUGAGGAAGAGUCCCGAUCAGGCGUCAGGUCUUUUAAAGUUUAUUUUAGAAUCCACAUUUCAACCUUAAUUCAACAAAAGUAGAAAAAUAAAAAUUUCUGCUGAAAAACGUGAAGCUUGAAAAAAAAGGUUUCCCAGAAUCGAGACGACCUGCGACAGUCGGACACAAACAUGGCCGUCACAGAUUCUGUCAGCUGUUUAUUGGUUCUUUAAAAUGUCUGGUUGAGAUGCAGCAACGUCACACUUUGUUUUAUUCUCUGAUCAGAAGAUUAAAUAAUUUUAUUUCUCAACAGGAAGUCACGACUGAACCUGAUCAGAGCUUUUUAAAAUCUUUUUAAUAAAGUCACAUCUGAUUGGCUUCUGUGGUGACAUCGUAGCCUCGUGUUCACCUGAUUGGUGAGUUGGUGUUGAGCUGAAGUCUCUCAGGAAGCUUCCUUACGUUGAGGACGCAGUGCUCUGGUGAAGGUCAGACUGGAACUUCUGGGUUUGACCUUUGGCCUCUGUCAGAUGUUACUAGACGAUACCUCAGGUGUCGCAGUCUGUCUCCAGGUGGAUGAAACAGCCCUAACACCACACUGUGCUCUGAUUGGUCGGUUGGGGGCUGUGCUGCUGGAAAACAAAAUUAUUCUUGUGACAGGAGUUGAACACAUCAGACAGCCGGUCGGAGGUUUGUCCGACCUCUGAUGUCACUGCUGAUCAGAUCAGUCAAUCAAUCAGAUCGAACCAAUCGGAUGAAUCAUGUGACAUCUCAAACGCACCUGUCUGUCGACCUGUCUGUCGACCUGACUGUCUGUAGUGUGUUGAUGUUCUCUUCGUGUUUGACCUUUGACCUCUGCGUACAGACAGGAUCAGGACUCCAUGGUUCUGUCUCUCAGGCUCUCAUCUGUGAUUGGUUGACCCUUCAGUGAUGUGUAAGCUUAAAGCUUCUGAUUGGAGUAGAAUUUGUUUGAUCCUGUUUGUCUGACGAUGUGUUCAGGCUGAGCAGGAGCACAGAUUACUGGAUCAUGAAGAAAGUGAUUAAUUGGUUUGAUGAGAAUCGAUCAGUGAUUUAAAUUUUCCGCAAAAACUCAACUUUUCUUUCCGUUUCAUCUUGUUUCAAACACGAAAUCUGUCGGACAAAAGAAGAUCACGUUCCUGUAGCUUUCGACUCGUCAGUGGGUGGAGUCGCUUCAUUGUCAUGGAGACGGUUCAGUCCUUGUCACAUGGUUAAAAUCCAGCGUCCAAGCUGAGUGGGUGAACUCAUUUGUGCUUUUUAAUCUUUUCAGACUUAAGAGACAUUUUGUUUUGGACGUUUAACAGACUAAUUAAUAACUGAUCUAUAAUCUAUCCGGACAGAGACGUGUCCUCCCGGUGUGACAGACAGACAGGCAGACAGUCGGACAGCUCGUUGCCACAGUAACCCUCCUCUGUUUGUUUUUAGUUGAUGGUCGAGCUUUGAUGCUAAUAGUUAAUUUUUGUAUUUUAAUAAGAAAAAGGAAAAAAGUGAUUUUAUGUAUUUGCAUGCACUCCGGCCGUACGUUCUUUCUUCCGUAUGUUUGAGCACUGUAUAGUAGCUGUAUAGUAGCUGUCUGAGCUUUAGAUCGACUCCACUCGAUAGAGUAGAGACACCGAGAGAGAGACAGAGGACGAACCGACGACAAACCAACAAGUGAAUUAUUUGAUGUAAUUACUGAUAUGGGAUCCUUAUUUUCUGAGUUCCUUUGUUUUCAUAAAUAAACACAUAAACUGAAA